AUAUUGUUUCCUAUCAGAAAACAAGGGGCAGAACUAAAACAAAACAGCGGAAGAUUCAAAAUGAAAAUGGCGUCUGUUGAUCGUACUCAAAGUACACACGAGCUAAAAAGAAGGGAGACAAGAGCCUGUGUGUUUACAAGCAUGGAAACAUCGAACAUAUGCCAGCCGGUCAUCUUCAACCCGGACUUCUUUGUCGAGAGGCUGAAACAUGAACAUCCACAGACCUUCACAGAUCUGGUCCUGGCACAUCUCACACGACUCAUCGAUCUCCCAGGAGAAGAGUUUGCUGAGCUCACAGGGGACUGUGAGCCCAGGGUGCCAUCCUCGACUGGCUUCCUCCGCUCCUUUAACUUCCUGAGACGAAAAGAGAAAGGUGUAAUUUUUGGUGCACCCUUGACUGAAGAAGGAAUAGCGCAGAUCUAUCAGCUGAUUGAAUACCUGAGCAAAAAUCUUCACAUUGAGGGGCUGUUCCGCGUGCCGGGCCACAGCCUCCGACAGGCCGCGCUGAGGGAGAUGCUAAAUGCCGGGGCAGAAAUAGAUCUCGAGACGGGAGACUUCCACCCCAACGAUGCCGCCUCGCUGCUCAAAGCCUACCUGGGGGAGUUGCCUGAGCCUCUGCUAAUGCACAAACACUAUCAUGCGCACCUCAAAAUUGGAGAGCUGACUCUCUUCAAUGAGAAAGGAGAUAAAACUAAAACUCCAGACAAGGAUCGGCAGGUGGAAGCCUAUCAGUUGAUUUUCAUGCUGCUGCCACCAGCCAACCGCAGUCUGCUGAAGCUCCUGUUGGACCUCCUCUAUCACACCGCGCGCAACCAACGUGUCAACAAGAUGUCCGCUAUCAAUCUUGCAACCAUGUUUGCGCCACAGAUUAUCUGGCCCAAAAAUGUGAUGGCAUGCGAUCUUCAGGAAGACAUUGAGAAGCUAAACAAUGGCAUAGCAUUUCUCAUUCGUCACUCUCAAAAGCUGUUCAAGGCCCCGCCAUCUAUCAAAGAAUAUGCGCGUAUAUAUUUCACUGGAUCCAAAACUCUUCAAUCAAAGGAUGACCUGAUGUUAGUCUCGGGGACCAAAGAGCCGCCGGCUGUGCCACAUCCUGCAUCCAUUUUUUCCCCUUGCACAAGAAAGAUAAGUGGCAACAGCUCGAAAAAAUUGACGGAUACUGGGACAUACACCGAAUCAGCUCUGCGAGAACUUUACCACCAAGUCAACAACAUGCCCGAGUCUGCCAAGAAGAAGAAACUCAUCAGGCAGUUUGAGAAGCAACCUUUGGUGACACCCUCACCGGAUCCCAGCUCACCAUUCAGCAGGAAGCACUGGCGAUCCCGCUCUUUGGGUGGAAUUAUUAAGAAGAAAGUCUUGGGAAGCCAAAUAUCUACAGAAAAGGCAAAUGGCAAAGUGCAGGGGGCAGCAGACAGCUGCUCAGGUGAUAACAGCAGUGGAGGGGCUGUACUCCAAGUGAAGAAACUUCCCAUCUAGCUGUGAAGGUGGAUGCCUUUCCAGCCAAUAUUUUAUUCCUGCGUAUUUUUCGGAGAGAAUGCAGUUUGUUGAUUAUCUGAGCAGUGAGGGUGCUAUGCUCUGUUUCAGUCAGCCGCAUAACAAUUUUCUUCAGGAAAUGUUAAAAAAAAACAACAACACAUGAAUGCAUGGCAAUUGAUGUUUAAUGUUGUUGUUAUUGUUGUUUAUUUUGUUUGUUUGUGUUUUUUUAACCAAAACAUAUUUUUUAUUCAUUGACUGGGACCAUUUCACAGAAAUGUUGAGUUUAGAAGACCAGAGACGUGCCUUAAAGUGAAUUUCUUUUGCAAUUUCUAUUCAACACAAAAUGUGUGCAAUUUACUUUUUUUAGGUCUCCCAAACAUCAUAAUGUGUUAUAAUUUAUUUUAAGCGGAGUAUGUUUAAAUGAUGUUAAUUUAGGAUCUGAUGUCCAAAGGACACUUUCUAGAGAUGAUAUAUUUCUCUCUUUGGGAAUUCAUUGCUGUUAUGUUUUUGUUGUAUAUAUUUUUUCCAGGUAUACUACUAUCCCUCAAAUGUGUGUUUGUGCUCUUUUGAGUACAUUUGACCUUUUCAGGUCAGUUUUGCUUUCUUUGCAGCUCUGCAUAGUUUUUGUCUUUCUGCGUACCGUAUUAGCUGUGAAAGAAUUUUUACCCUUUUUGUGUUGCUGGUUGAGGGCAAAUGAAGUCGUUUACUUUUUUAGUGGGGUGCUUUCUGUGAGGGUUUUGAGCCACUCUUGUGUAAAGUUCUCAUCAGUUGUGGUUUCUUCCAGUUCCACAGCCUCUCUGCCAAGUUGUUACAAUACAAGCCUGAUGUGGCAAAGUCAACUAAAUGGACUGUGUUGAUUGGUGGUAUUUAUGCUACUGUGAACCCCAAAAAGGCCCUUUUAAAAGACUUCAAACCAUA